GCCAGAUUUCGGAGAGGAGAGCAGUCGCGCGAAGCAAGCGGCGUAGAGCGCGUCCGUCUAUUGUUCUCGUUGUCAUAGCGUUGUUGUUGUUUGUUAUCGUUGUUUAUAGGUGAUGUGCUCGUGUUUUAAUUCUGUUACUGUUGAAUGUGGUUGAUUAAAUGAGGGUUGAAGCGCCUGCGUGGUAGUGCGAUGUCGGAUCAACAAAAUCAAAGAGGUUGGGGCCAAACGGCGGAUAACAAUUCGUGGUGGCAAGGCCAAAACAAUGUUUCGAACGAACAACAACACAAUAUACAAAUGCUACAACAGCAACACGUCGCUAACGAUCAGCAACAAAUGUAUUAUAAUAAUAAAAUGAACAAUUAUCAGCAACAAAAUAACACGCAGCAACAACAACAAUCGCCCCAACAGCAGCACCAACAGUGGUGGUAUCAGCAACAAAUGGACCAAAUGCAAAAUAUGCAUUCGCAGCAACAAUCGCAACAGUCCGAAUCUCAAAAUCGACGCGAAGAAGCGCAAAGACAGCAGCAGCAAGAAGCUCAGCGUCAUCACGCGGAAGCAGCUAUCCAGCAGCAUCACCAAGCCAUAGCCGAAGCUCAAGCCAGGCAUCACCAGCUUCAGCAGCAAGCGCAGCAUCUGCAGCAGCAAGUGCACUCUCAGCAGAUACACCACAACUUGCACACGCAACAUCCGGUGUUACAGCAACACCAGCAACUGACGAAUCAAAUUCAGCAGCAGCAGCAGAUUCCUAAAGGCAGGAUGCCGCGUGCAAAGGCCGACGCAAAGCCGAGGGGCCGUAUGAGCGCUUACGCGUUCUUCGUGCAAACUUGCAGCGAGGAGCACAAGAAGAAACACCCCGAAGAGAACGUCAUCUUCGCCGAGUUCUCCAAGAAAUGCGCCGAAAGGUGGAAGACCAUGGUCGACAAGGAGAAGAAGCGUUUCCAAGAGAUGGCGGAAGGAGACAAGAAGCGCUACGACAAUGAAAUGCAGAACUACACGCCCCCCAAAGGGGAGAAGCGCGGCAAAAAGAGGAAACAAACCAAGGACCCCAACGCGCCAAAGAGAUCAUUGUCGGCCUUCUUCUGGUUCAGCAACGACGAGAGGGGGAAAGUUAAGGCAGAAAACCCGGAAUACGGAGUGGGGGACAUCGCCAAGGAGUUGGGCAGAAGGUGGGCCGACGUCACACCGGAAGUAAAGGGAAAAUUCGAAGCUCUCGCCGACAAAGAUAAAGCCAGAUACGAAAAAGAAAUGACUGCAUACAAGAAGAGGAACAAUCCUGCAUUGCAGCAGGCCGUAGUACCUGAACCUGAAGAGGUAGAGGAAGAUGAGGUUGAUGAAGAGGAUGAUGAUGAGUAAACUCUCAUACUUAUCGCCUUCUCAUUCCUCCCCACCCCUUCCCAUUGUAUAUAUACAUAAUAGUUGCAGUUUAAUUUUUAACGAUUUGUUCGUUUGUUCAUUAACCAAGUUUUCAUUCUGUCUCUUUUAUUUUUUUAUGAUUAACUUUUACAUAUUGAUUAGUAGAUGCUCCUUUCGUAUAAUUUGGUGUACUUAUAUUGCAACAAACAAAAGUUCAUUCUGAUACAUUCUAUAGAAUUUCUGUUUUUCAUUACUUACCACGUUUUAAGCAGUGUUUUUUCGACGGGUUCAAUCAUCUACAAGCAGCUACACAUUACAUUAGGUAUACCUUUUUUAUGUUUAGUAUCGUCAAAAUAUGCCUUACUUUCUUGUUUUUGGAUUAACGGCGAAUUGUUAUUUAAUAAAUUGGCCUAACCAACAAAUCUUCAAUAGUAGUGGCAACCCAUAUUACACGUGGAUGUAUUACUGGUUGUGUUUUGCGUUUUUUUGGAAUAAUAAUUAGCUCACAAACAAACACAAUUUCGCAUAUUUAAUAUCCAAAUGAAUAUUGAAGGCAUGUUGGUUUGUGGAGAAACGUUUAUAAGCAAUUCGUCGUUGACAAAAGAAAAAAAUGUAUGUGUGCUGCCAGUUAUUUAUUAAAUAAUAAUUAUUGUAUAACCUUUUGGCUGCCUGGCUUAAGGAAACCCCAUUUAUUGCUGGCGACAAUUGCAGAGGUGGUUCCGUUAAGCGAUGCAGUAACUAAGUUGUAAAUACUCUAGUAUAUAACCGUAAUCCCUAUUGUAUAAGCAGAGCAUACUAUUUUUAUUAUUUAAAAGAAAAAUUGUUGAUAUAGUGGAUGGGUCGCCACCAAAAAGUAAGUGUAUGUACAUUUAUUAUGUAAUGAACAAUAUUAUUGCUCUAUUUUAAAGUGCCAGACUAAGCAAAACUCUGCGCUCCUCACUUUUAUCAGUCUUAUUAUAGAAUGUAAAUUUCAUUCAUUUAAUUUUAUUCCCCAAACAUAAGUGUAAGAAUGACGUGAAAUGUUAUCUUUUAUGUAAAGAAAGUAUAUAAGUGAAUAGUUGCGUUUUAGAGUAUUUGAAUAUUUGUUGAAUUAACAUUUAUCCAUAAAAUGGGCAUUUCACUCCAUCUCACACAAAUAAAAUUGCUCUGUGUUAUUUUAGGGUGAGAAAAAAAUAGAAAGCAAUGUUUGUUUUUUAUAUUAAUAAAUAGGGAGUUUAAAAAUAAUAAAAACUUUUUAGAAAACGAAUUUUAUUAUUAUACAACAAACAUAGCCCUCAAUAAAAAUUUUAACAAAAU